AUGUCAGAAGCUGCGACGAACUACGAUUCAAAUAACAGUGAUGCUGGCCCACCUCAGCUGGCUGUUGGUCUUCCAUCCAUAAAAGAUGUUACAACAACAUUGAAACAGCCAGAUCUACCCGUUGAUAUUCUUUUAGUAACCGUUAAGUACUGCGAGUUCUUAGCUUGUUACAAUGAGCUAAAAGAUCCCUUUAGAUAUCAUUUUGAUGGUCUUGGUUACGUUUACUUCGCGGAAGUUGGCGGAAGUCAGCCAGGGCGAGUGAAAGUAGCACUAAUAAAGUGUCAUGAAGGUUCUACCGGUCCGGGUGGCUCUCUGACUGUCGUUAGGAAUGCUUCUCCUAUUCUACGACCCAAGGCCGUGAUAUCUGUUGGAGCAUGCAGUGGUCUCAACCCUGACAAAACCAAGUUAGGUGACGUUGUUGUAUCAGCCAAACUAACAACAUAUGCAUCCAAAGUAGUGACAAGCGACCAAGAGCAGUGGGCUGGUAUUAGCAGUUACGUGAGCAGACGGUUUCUUAACAUUAUCACGAAUUGCGCUGAUGGGUGGCAACCACCGUUGAAGAACCCAGAAGAUCGCUGCAUCAACGUUCAUAACAAUGGCGAGUUCUUAAGUGGUCCCGAGCAGAUCAGAGCAGAAUGGAGGCGAAAAGAACUUCUAGACCGUCAUCCCCUCGCAACAGGUGUAGAGAUGGAGGGAGAAGGUGAGUGCAUGUCACUUUUAAAAGCGCCUCAAGCGUACGCCAUGCACAAGACCCCAAGGUCAUGCAGGUAGCUAUAAUUCGACCAUAUCUUCGCCGUUGUCCCCACCAAAGAAUGGUGUAAAGUCAUGGCUUAGUUUGCUUCAUUUUCGUUGCUUUGCGUUCUUGUCACGUGUGCUUUUUGGCUUCGUUCAUUGACAUAGCUGUAAACCUAGAAAUUUAAAGAGAGAAGAAAUAUCAUAGUUAUAGUGAAUAUCUCCUUGGCAAUUACUUUAGAUAUUAGUUGGCGGUUGUUUUGGAUCAUAACGUGAAAAUAGGUCACCUGCUUACACAGAAAGCAAUAACUGAUUUAACCUGUCCUUUAUCUACUACAUAUAUUUUUAUAUAUACAUGUUCGUUUACGUAACUUCCUCAAGUCUAAAGCCCUGUCUACACAAAAACAUUUUUGAAACAAUCGGUUUUCUUUACGCGCUAUAAUAUCGUUUCCAGGCGCCCCCCCCCCCCCCCCCCCCCCCCCCCCCCCCCCCCCCCACCACCCCCCUACACCACCCCUUCUUUUUUUUCCUUUCUCUUUUUUUCUUCUUUUUUUUAUCUUUUUUUUUUUUUUUAUUUUUUAACUUUUUAUUCUAUCUUAUCACAUUUAAUUUUAUUUAUUUUUAUACUUUACUAUAUAGUUUUAUUCUCUUGCUCUUCAAUCGUUUCUGUAACCUACGAAAAUGAAAGGAUUUCAAUAAAAAACAGCUUACCUUACUUAAAAUGUGUGUUACGUCUCUCCUGUGUGGUCCACGGGCCGAUUAUGGUCGUUUUAUGGCUUUUUAUGUAAACGGUUUUCUCUCUAUAUAAAGUUUUAUGUUCAAAAAACAUUUUAAAAACGCUCACUCCGAAUUUUAUGAACAAUUUUCACUAUGGAAACGCAUGUUUCCCAUACAAAGCCUUGGAGUAGAAUGCAAAGUUUGUCUGAGUCACGCGGGGGUCUAAGGUGACAAAACCUAUUUUUAGUAAUAGUGGAAAGCGCUAUCCACAGAGUUUAAACUCUAAACAAGUACAAAACUUCUUCAUUCAUCGUCAAUUCAUCAUUUGAUUGCAAUGGAACCUCAUUUUAAGUCUGGUUUGUUUAGCUACGCGAUCGUUUGUUUCAGUUUUGUUAGCAAAGACCGAUAAAAUCCCCAAACAUUUAACAUUGAAAUUUGUUUUAAUUCCGAUGACCAUGACUUCUCCCAUGACGCCGUUACUUACGUUCUGUGAUUCCAAAAGGUGGCUGAGGAGACCAAUCCCAGCAUGAAGGUGUAUGCCACAUGUGAAGCACAUGUCAAAUUCUUGGAGUGACGAAACUGGAAUUUAAAGUGAUUUACAUACCUCUGGUCUGAAAUAGAGCUAACUAAAAGACCUUCCCUCUGCUGGAAACAAAUCAAGCAAAAUACUUUUGGCAAAAUAGGAAAAUAAAAAAACUAAUAAACAAAAUACGAUCUAUUUCUGAAUACAAAUAUCCCCACAAUGUUGGGCCACGGUCGGUUGUCGGCUAACGGGUGAGUUUAAAGUCAGUAGUUGUUUUUUUUUUUUUCUUGUUUCGUCGGUAGUCAGUUAAUUUUUUGCCGUUUGUCGCUAGUCGUUUAACGACCUCGUUUAACCCCAUUCAGAUCAUCACGUUAGCUUGGCAAAGUAACAGAAGUGAAGACGAUUUAUUUCUGGGUUAAUUAUUUAAAUCAGUUGACUUCACUGAACCCUAACGCGAGAAAUACUAGGUUCUUGUUCUUUUAGUUUGACGUUCAACUUGUGUUGUAAUGAGCACUGACUAAAUCUCACAUUGCUUUCGACUGAAAAAAGUAAUUUAUCACGAGAUUUUUUAUAUUUCAAGAUUUUCCCGUCUGCUUCAGAGGCUACGAGACUUAGUGUCAACACACUAUUGUUGACUCAUACCUUCGGAACGCGUUCAAACCUGAAUGUAGUUGGUAUAGGUAAUAGCAUGAUUUGUAGUGAUAUUUGGCAUAAAUACCACGAGUGAUAUUUCGAAUUUGUUAUACGUAAUAAGGCGAGUGAAAUUUGUGACAAUUUGGAAAAAUCACGAGUGGUAUUUAUGCCAAAUAUCACGUACAAAUUAUGCUAUUAUUUGUUUACACUACUACCCGCAAAAGGUUUGUAAUUUUCACAUGUAGGUAUUUCAAAUUAAGCUGAAAUACCACUGCUCUAAGCCAAUCAAAUUGCAGAAAUUUCUCAUAAAAUGCUGUAAUAUGCUAUUUCAUUUCCUAUUACAUGUUUCUUGCCUUGCGGAAAUAAUAUUAUAUAUUUUUGGAUCGAAUGACAAGACACUUCCGCGAUCCGUUAAAAUGUUUAUUUAUAUCCUCGUGAUCUGGAAAACUUCGGCGACCGCCUGUCUACGUCACAUAGCAGACAUACACUUGGCGAAAUUUUCGCGCGAAAAAAAAGAGUCAAACAAGAGUCAUACAUGUAAUCGGUAAAAUAAAUGGGAACAUUAUUUGAUUUGUCUGUGGUGUCUCAGUCUGAUUUGGUAUCGCCUGAAUAGGUCCGACAUAGACAGCUUUCAAUCGCAACGCAGACCUUUACGACAGCAAAUCAGGCUUCACCAAAAAAAAAAGAAUUUAGUCAGCUGCAUUAAAAAGUGGCUAUUUUCUGAAUAAACGGCAGUACAACGUCAAUAGGAGCGUGAAACGCAAUUUUUUUUUCAACUGAGUUUAUAGAAACAAUUUCAUCAUCAUCAUCAUCAUCAUCAUUCAUCGGUCGACCGAAGAGCAGUCGACUGUAAGUCGUCUCCAACUGGCUCGGUCUUGGGUAGCGCGCACGAUGUCACUCUCUUAGAAAUGCUUAUUGGGGUCGGUACAUUCCUGUACUUAACGAAAAGGGACUUCUGAGGUCUCCCUGGGGGUUUUCUCCCGUGGGAGGGCUUAUACAACGUGUAGAUUUUGGUGGGUUUUACCUGAACGUAAAAGAGAUUGUAAGUUUGAUAUUUCGAACGCCAGCCCUUUGUCAGAGCAAAUCGAGGUACUGUUGUCUGGUUUAUCCCAUAUAUAGACUGGUGGACUAGUAGCACCCUGUUGGUGGCGGUAUGGAAAAAUAAAAUAACAGGAAUAAAAAAAGCGUAGGAAAAAUAUCCACUGAAAAAAGUUGCCGUCAAAAAAGCAAAACAAAAAAGGCACGAAAUUCAUAACUUAUCCCACUUUCUGUCCUUUGGUUGUUGAAAUCUUUUGAUGUAAUAUAUCCUAAAUGUGCUCCAUAUUUCAGGUGUUUUAACAGCUACAUAUGAUACUCAACUCGAGUGGCUCAUUGUUAAAGGGAUAGCUGAUUUUGCAGAUGGUGAGCAAGUAAAUGCAGGAAGUUGGAUUGCCUAUGCUAGUGCGAUGGCGGCAUCUCUGGUCUCACACAUAUUAAGUGAUCCUGGUGUUUUCCGCUUUUGGCCUCAUUAUUCAGGUAUAAAUUUUUGUCAGUUUAGUGGGUUACGAUAAUAAAGCUAGAGGUAACAGGCGAAAUUUGCCGUCAGUGAAAGGAGCCGUGAUUCCUCUGAGUGAGAAAGCGAAGAAGCUCAUCUCCUGAGAUCAAAAGGCGCGUCAAUAUUUUUCCCCGAUAUUCCACUUUCAUUAAGAGUUAGAAAGAAGCACUUGUGAGGAUUGUUGUUGUUUCCUUAACUUUCAGUCACUCAACUUUCAGAACUCAGUUUUUACUCUAGCACUUCAGUGGAGAGUUAAAGAAACUUUAAACUGAGAAAAUGUUGAUCGUCGGCGUGUAUGUUUCUGGUAGAAAACCGAGAUUGUACAUUCUUUUCGUAGCUAUAAAUAAUGCGUAUUUACUAAGAAGUACGUUACAAAAAGCUAAUGAUGUCUUUGCCUGGAUGUUUUAGUGGAUGAUCCCUUUGGGGCUCAGCUUGAGAGCGGUAGGAAGCGGAAGCUUACUGAGCACCACAUUGCUGGUAAUAUAUUAACAAUAAUUUUUAAAAUGUUAUUGUUUAUAACCCUGACCUACUUUAUCUGUUCCGCUCUCUGCUUCACUUUCGUUUUAGAACGCAAUGAGUCGAAAUGAGCAAAAAAUUUAACAUGAGACGCGUAUAGCCCCUCAAAUACACCUCACAGAGUUGCUUGAAAUCAGUCCAUACUUUAGCCUAGAAUCACAAAAUCAAAUGAAGAUAAUGAGGUAGUAAAUCCGCCCCAAUCAGAAUCAAAUAUGUUGUGUCUCUAGCUAUUACAAUUAACGUUAAAGUUGGAAAGCCUUUCCGCCUAGACCGUGAAUCAAUUUUGGUAAUUCCACAUAAAAAUUUACCAAACACAACCAAGGAGGUAGCCGUUUGCGACGUUUUAUACCAUUCUAUGUUAUUGUAAGCCGCGAAGUUAUGACCGAAUUACAAAGGAUUUAGAGCUACCCACAUGACCUUACGAACUUGUAAGAUAGGCUUGAGGCCUUUAAAUACGACAAGUGAACGUUAACUGAAAUAGAUGUAUGUGAAGUAGCCCGCGUCUCAACCAACUGUUUUCUUCACCAGGUGCUUUGUGUGAUGAUCAGAGCUCAACACAAACCAAAAGGGGAAUGUUUACACCCCACACAUCUCAGCAAACUGAAUCCACAACCCAGCAGCAUCUUGCAGGUAUCUCUAACCAUGCAUUGAAUUGUGUCACUUAAUAAUAUAUGAUCAGCUAAUGGUUCGUAUUACAGUACAUGCAAAAAAUGAUUGCUUACAAUUGUGCCACGGGGCAAAGUUUUUACCUUUAAUAAAGCUUAUGCAAUUUGAGGAGUGGUUAAUUUUUAUAAAGAAAAAGAUACUGUCUUGUCCCUAAUUAGUUGUGAAAACUAAAUACAUUCACACAUUAAUAAAGCUUUUUCUUACCUACUUUUACUUAGUUUGGAAUCCUAAGGUACGGUAAACCUGGCAGCAAAAAAACGCACAACCGUGUUGUUUUAAAAAAAUUACUGCAAAACGAGUUGAAUUCGAGCUCAAACUUGUCUUGCAACAAAUCAGGUUGUUGCAGCUUUGCGAAGUGUUGAGGCAGAAAAUGGACAGUACUUCUACUUUUUGCAACAAAAUCUGUACAAGGUGCGCAAGAUUGCGCAACGCAACUCAAAAGGGAAAUGUUUUCUGCCAGUAUAUCUCAGCUAGCUGAAUCCAGAAGCCAGCAGCAUUUUGUAGGUUUCUCUCUCUAAAGCUCCAAAAGGUCACGGAAUUUUAAACAUGUUUGGGUGGUGGAGAGCAAAUUCUUCGAUCCCUCACCAUACUAAAAUUUUGGCGAGUUUGUGGAUGGGACUACUGGGACUAUUAACUUCGCUCCGGUUCUGUCAGCUACUGAAAACGUCAGGUGCUGCUGUUUUAUCCUCUAGGAAAAAACUCAGAAAAACCUUAUGGGGGGAGGGGGGGGCACCCCCCCCCCCCCCCCCCUUGUACGUCCGAGGAUUACAAACCUAAUGGGAGGUGGCAUUCAAUCCGCUCCCUCCCCCCCUUGUACGUCCGAGGGUGAAGCUUGAAAAGUCUACCAAUUUUAAGGCGCUCUUUCCAGCAGUACCGAUGGAUCUUUGCUUACUGGUCUUAAAACAAAACUCAGUAAAAAAAAACUUCGAAGGGUCGAAUUUAAAGUCCAUACUUUUAAAAGGACUCAAAGGCUCACGUUGGUUUAUGUAAGUCUAUGUUAUCUUUACCUAAUUAAUGCCCCCUCUAAGACCCGGUUCAGACGCUGAACUUUUCAUAGGCCGAACCUAAUUCGAAUUAAAGCCGUCCCUUUUAGACCGGCGGUAUUGAUUCAGACGCCGAUCUUAAUUCAAGCCGAACUAAAUUCAAUAGAAGAAAAUGCUCAUUUUGGCCAAACUAGUUUGCAAAAUACGUUAUCAUAAUUUAUACAUUAGGUUCGGUGAAUGAAAAUUUCGGCGUCUGAAUCAAAGCCGUUUCAAAGUCGUACCACAGUCGAAAUUUCCGGCCGGGCUAGGCGCAAAGAACGGCUGAGCCGUUCCAAGUUGAAAUCGGGCGUUCUUACUUGAUUGAGACGCCGAACUUUUCAUGUACUUAAUUCAAUGUAUUAAGUUCGGCUCAUGAAAAGAUCGGUGUCUGAACUGGGCCUAAUGAGGAUUCUUUGGAUAUCUCCCCACCCCCCCCCCCCCACUAAACAACCUCUCCAUACCUCUUUUAUAUCCUCCCCUUUCUUCAAAAAAACUCAACACAAACCAAGAUCCACAAAUCGCGAAGAUAGCAGAAGAAAUGGUGAUUGUGACCGGGGGGUUUUAUUUAGAUGUGGACCCCAAAUUUUUUUUUUUUUUUAUUUAUUUUUUUACGUUGGGGCCAUGAAAAAGUGGGGGUCUGAAAGGGGCCUAAUGGAGUUUCUAUGGAAUACCCCCCCCCCCCCCCCCUCCAAGAAAAGUAUUCCAUAUCGAUCUUUAACUCGCGCUCGUUAGUUUUGAAAAAACAAAAGCACAAAAGCGUAUCGAUCGUAUGAAACGUACAGAGCAAGUGCUUAAGUGGGCGGCCUUUAUGACAGUGUAAUGAUACCAAAUCGAUCCUAUUUAUAGAAUUCUGUCUUUUCCAGGGGUAGGAAGCAUCAUAGAAAGGAUUCGUCAGCUUUACAAACGUCGUGAAGGACGGCUGGGACCAUUUCCGUGGUGUGAUGACCUUAAUUUUAACCUGAAUGAAAUUUUCACCCGACUGAAGAUCGUAAAGAAAGAGAAAACACGAGGAACAUUGACCGAUGAUGAAAUCACCAACAUGACUGCUAUCUUUAGACCCCACCCUGAUUGCCAGAAACCACGGAUUCUUUUGAUUGAAGGGGAACCUGGCAUGGGAAAAACCACCUACUCGCAAAAACUGGCGUUUGACUGGGCAAAUGAACAAGAUGAAUGGGACGCAUCUUUUCCAUCGAUUGAAGUGCUGCUCUUGCUUCGAUGCAAUGAUAUCAAAUCUGGCAUCUGGGAAGCUAUUGACGAUCAACUUCUUCCUGAUGAUAUUGACAAACAGGCUAAAGGUAAUUUUUUUAAAUACAUCCAGGAAAAUCAGGCCAAAGUUCUGCUACUACUUGAUGGUUUGGAUGAAGCAGAUUCCGGUAAACUAGACAUGUACUACUUGCUCGUUCAGAGUAAACUCCUCGCCUCUUGUCACAGUGUCAUUACUUCUCGUCAUGAGGUUGGAAAGAAAGUAAGGCCAUACUGUGACACCCUGUGGGAGAUUGUAGGAUUUACUAAAGAGGAUGCGGAAAAUUUUAUCAGAAAGUAUUUUAAAGACAAAGGACAUUUGGCUGAGAAGCUGAUAAAACGAUUGAUAUCUUCACGGCACGAUGAUGAUGAUGAUGAUGAUGAUGAUGAUGAUGGUGGUGGUGGUGGUGGUGGUACUAUAGAUCCACUUAAAACGUUAGGCGAUUUAACUAAAAAUCCACUUAACACAGCUUUACUCUGUUGUCUUUUCGAGGAUUUUAAAGGCGUUCUUCCAGCUAGCAGAACUCAACUGUACGUUGAAAUUGUUCUUUUUGUUUUAAGAAGGUAUGAAGAAAAAAACGGACUUGAAAGCAGCAGUGAAGACUUGAUUUCAGUUUAUAGGAAAGAACUUUUGCUUUUGGGACGCUUCGCGUUCGAGUCCCUCCUUAAAGGGGAGGUACACUUUGAAAAAAAGGAAGAGAUCGUCAAGUCUAUCAAUUUUGGAUUCUUUUCGUUUCAGAAAGGUGGCACCAAGCGCAAACCAUGCACACGUUGUGCAUUUUUACACAAAAGCUUUCAAGAGUUUUUUGCUGGAUUUUAUCUUGCGUUUCAGAUUAUUAACAAAGAGAUUGACUGUGCCUCAGUUGUAGCCGAUGAACAAUAUACGGUUAAACUAAGAGAGGCGUUUUUGUUCAUGAGUGGAUACAUAGCUUCACAAAGCCAAGAAACUGCAGUAACAUUGGCUGCUAGUUUAGCGAGUCUUAUCAAUCUCGUUCCCUGUCCAUACGGCAUCUCCAGAUUCAGUGGCAAUUUUUACGCAAGUUUAACUUGUAAUUGGCUAUCGGAAUGUUUAAGCUCCGAGGAAAGCCUUGAAACGCACUUAGUUUUUACUAUAGGUAAUCACCUUAACCUGUCUUUCCUGACUAAAGUUGAUUUAUCUUCAAGUCAGAUAAAUAAUGGUUUUGCUGCAGCAAUUUCGCAGGCCCUCACAGUAAACUUCACCCUGAAUUAUCUGGAUUUGAAGAUCAACAGUAUUGGCGACGCCGGUGCUUCUAGACUUUCCCAGGCCCUCACAGUAAACUCCACCCUGAAUUAUCUGGAUUUGGGGCAUAACAGUAUUGGUGACGCUGGUGCUUCUGGUCUUUCCCAGGCCCUCGCAGUUAACUCCUCCCUGACUUAUUUGAACUUGAAUUAUAACAGCAUUAGUGACGCUGGUGCUUCUGGUCUUUCCCAGGCCCUCACAGUAAACUCGACCCUGAGUCAUCUGGUUUUGGGGGGAAACAGUAUCGGUGACAACGGUGCUUGUAGACUUUCCCAGGCCCUCACAGUAAACUCCACCCUGAAUUAUCUGGUUUUGGGGUUAAACAGUAUUGGUGGCGCUGGUGCUUCUGGUCUUUCCCAGGCCCUCGCAGUUAACUCCUCCCUGACUUAUUUGAACUUGAAUAAUAACAGCAUUAGUGACGCUGGUGCUUCUGGUCUUUCCCAGGCCCUCACAGUAAACUCGACCCUGAGUCAUCUGGUUUUGGGGGGAAACAGUAUCGGUGACAACGGUGCUUGUAGACUUUCCCAGGCUCUCAAAUCAAACUCCUCCCUCACUUGUUUGGAUUUGUGUAGCAACAAUAUUGAUGACGCUGGUGCUAUUUGUUUUUCUCAGGCUCUGGCAAUAAACUCGUCCUUGACUACUUUGAAUUUAAGUGGUAAUGAUAUUGGCGACAAUGGUGCUUCUUGUCUUUCCCAGGCCCUCACAGUAAACUCCACCCUGAAUUAUCUGUAUUUGGGGCAUAACAGUAUUGGCGACGCUGGUGCUUCUUGUCUUUGUGAGGCCCUCAAAGUAAACUCUUCCCUUACUCACUUGGAUUUAAAUCAAAACACAAAUAUUGGCAAGGCUAGUGCUUUUUAUCUUUCCCAGGCUCUCACAGAAAACUCCUCCCUGACCAACUUGAACUUGUCGUUUAACGACAACGUUGGUGACGCGGGAGCUUCUUUUCUUUGUAAAGCUCUCAGAGUAAACUCCUCCCUGACUAAGUUACGUUUGUGUAAAAAUAACAUUAGCGACGCCGGUGCUUCUAGUCUCUCCCAAGCCCUCACAGUAAACUCCUCCCUGAGUUGUUUGGAUUUGCAUGGAAACAGUAUUGGCGACGAUGGUGCUUUUGGGCUUUCACAGGCUCUGAGGGCAAACUCUUCCCUGACUUGGUUGAAUUUGGAUUCGAACUUUAUCGGCGUCGCUGGUGCUUCGUGUCUUUCGCAGGCUCUCGCAGUAAACUCCUCCCUGACUUAUUUGCACUUGAAUCAUAACAGAAUUGGUGACGCUGGUGCUUCUUGUCUUUCCCAGGCCCUCAAAGUUAACUCCUCCCUGACUGAUUUGGCAUUGUGUGGUAACAGCAUUGGUGACGCCGGUGCUUCUGCUCUUUCUCAGGCCCUCGCAGUAAAUUCCUCUCUGAGUGACUUGAACUUAAAUGGUAACAGUAUCGGUGACGCUGGUGCUUUUUGUCUCUCCCAGGCCCUCACAGAAAAUUCCUCCCUGACUUGUUUGCGUUUGCAGUGUCUUAACUGUUUUGGUGACGCUGUGGUGGAUUCUUUAAAUAAGGCCUCUAAGCCUAAUACAAAAGUCUUGUGCUUAUAA